AUGUAUGACUUAAAAAUCAUAACUAUUUUUCUAUAUACUUCUAAUUCUACAGUACUACCCCUACCAGUAGAUAUUGGAGGGAAGAUAAUAUGCACAACUGGUUUUGCAGUAAAAGGAAAAAUUCUGGGAGACUCCGAUGGUCUGUUAAUUGCUGGUCAUUGCACCACAAAUAAUACCAUAGGAGAUCCAGUUCAUAUAUUAAAUAGUGAUGGCGCACGAGUAGGAGAAAUUAUUAGUACUACAUAUGGAGAUGGCGUGGAUUAUGGUCUUAUAAAACUGGCUUACGGGUGGAAAGGUUCACCUAGUGUUAUAGGGCCAGGUAAAGAAGGUUCUGUCUCACUUCCAAUUCUUUCAGCUAUUUCUCUUUCGCUAGAUUCCCCAUUAUGUUUAACUGGUGCCACAAGUAACAUUGUGUGUGGAAAACUUGUAGAUACGGAUCAAUCACUAAUCGUAUAUAAUAAAUGGGAUCCAGCCAAUUAUCUAUAUUUAGAAGGUCUAAACAUAAUAGACACGGGAGCGAAUCGUGUACAUUUUGGAGAUAGUGGUGCAGCUGUUUAUUUCAAAGAACAGACUUACAUUGGUCACACUCUGGUUGAAUAUGCAAGUGCAGUUGGCAUAUUUGUAGCUUUUAAUAAUGAGGAUCUCAAUCAUAUAGAGGCUUACUACUAUUCAAUAGCUGAAAUUCUGAAUUAUCUUGGAUUGGAAUUGAUAACACAACAUAUCAAAUAA